GGGAGCCCUGCAGACAGCCGCUGGAGCGCCGACAGGAUGUCUCGCUUCUUAGGGGGCUGCUUUUUGCUCUCUGCCUGGCUGCUUUGCCCGCUUUGCUGCUUGGGCCAAACGGAGAGCAGCUCCACCCCGCCAGGGAACUGCGGCCCCAGGCAGUUCCUCAACACCGAGCUGUUUCAGUGCAGUCCGUGUGGGGAGGCCCUGGUGAAAAGCCCUGACGGCCUGAGCUGUGUCUGUACCAGCCCGAGGGCGACAGACUGGGCGGCGGAGUGCAAUGCUUGUAGCUCCCGGCAGCCCGCCUCGCUCUGGGAGGCCACCUUUCUGGAUGGCAGUUUCCUGGCUUGCAAUAACUCCUGCAACCUGACGGCCUGCGAGCUCCUCACCAACGCCGUCACUCUGAACGCCUUCUCCUGGGAGAGCAGGGCCUAUGACUUGUACGUGAAGGCUAAGAGCCAGAACCUUCCAAAGCUGUUGUAUAGCAACACAGGACUGCCUCCGCUUUCCUUUGGGAAGCGCUCCAAGAUCAACUUCAAGCUGGUGAAGUACGACGCCAGGGGAAACUUCUUAGGCUGGGAGGGUGCAACAGGCGGCACUUUGCAACUCUGUGCAGACCGUCAGAGUGCCCUCGAUGCGGCCUACUCCUUUGGGACAUCCUACCAACAGUCCUGCACUGUGCCGGUGUCCAGCCUGCUGAGGCGAAUCCCCGAGCCCAUCUUCUACGAGAUGUUCCUGCAGUUCUCCAACGCCCAGGGGGACUGGCUAUGGCCGGUCCCAGUCGUGAGUCCCCAGCUGCAGCUGAACAGCCCAGCCUCCCUGAGGUCUCACAGGCUACGAAGAUUCUUUCUGGUUGAUGGGCUCUCGGGCAGACAAGGGAACCUGUCCAAUCAACCAGCCUCUGUCACGUUGGCAGCAGGGCUACUGCUAAGUGUUGACUUGCCAACCAGUAGCCCAGGAGACCCGGCUGCUUUCCUGUUGACAGUGAAAUAUGCAAAGCAAGAGAGCACUGCAGCCACGCAGAUCUCGUUCACAGUGUCAUACACGCAGAGUCCUGGGACGUCUCAGCGCGACACCGAUAUCGCGCUGGCCGUCCUGGGCUCCCUGGCAGCCUUGUACGCCUUGCUGAAGACCAGCAGUUGGGUGCGGAGGUCUAGACUUCAGAAUAUAGGCUUCAUAAUUUUAGUCAAGUUCUUUGCCUUCUUUGCUGGCGCCCUGGCCAAUGCCUUCUUCAUGGUCACCUUGGGGACCGGGAUUUAUUGGCUCAUUGUUUUCAAGGGUCAGCAGUCGUCAGCAGUUACCGUUAUGGUGCCUGCGGCAGGCAGUCAAAUAGAAACCAACUUUAUUGUCUACUUGUCCUGUGCUUUUGUGUUAAAGGCUGUGGACUUACUUCACCUCCUGAUCACCCAGCUGACCAUCUCCAUCUUCCUGAUAGACUGGGAAAGGCCAAAGGAGAGGCCAGUGUUUAAAGCAACUGCAGGAGGGCAGAGGGCCACUUCCUCUGUGAGUAUUUGGAGAACUUUCCUGGUAGCCAAUGAGUGGAACGAGAUGCAGACCUGUAGGAAAUCAAAUCCAUCGCUCCAGCUGUUCGCAGUGUUACUGCUCCUGGAGGUUGUGGGCUUGAAGAACAUCGCAGCACGAGAUCUGAACCUGAAUUUGCACCCUGCCGCUGACACCUACCUGGCUGCCUGGAGUCCGAUCCUUCGAUUCGGGAUUGCCGCUUCUCUCUGGUUGGCCCUGGGAAUAGCGCAGGUGCUGUUUUGCAUUGGCAUCUACGAGCGGUUUGUGGAGGACAAGAUUCAUCAGUUCGUAGAUCUCUGUUCUUUGAGCAACGUGUCGAUCUUCAUCCUGUCGCACAGAUGCUAUGGCUUCUACAUCCACGGGCGGAGUGUGCACGGCCAUGCCGAUGUGGGCAUGGAUGCCAUGCAUGCCUGCCUCAGGAAAGAAGAGGAGAACCUUUGCCCUCGGAGAGGCCUGGAGGCCAACUCUGACAUUCAGACCUUCGAGGUGUUUCUCACGGACAGAGCCAGACAGUUGUAUGACAAGAUAACGCAGCCUUUGGUGGAGGGCCCGAGGGGUGAGAGAGUCGGGGUCAACCUACGUGAGCAAAGACUAAGGAGCUAUUACACCUUGAAUCGAUUCCUCAGCUCGUUCCUUGAACAUGUGUACAGAGAUAUGAACUACGUCGUGAAGGACAAGCUCUUCUUGGAGCGUGUCAUGGACAUGGAGUUCCAGGAGCCGGUAGACAUGUCUGUCCUGUACACAGGUAGCUCCCUGCUCUCCUCUUGGGAGCGUGUUUCUCCCUGUGUGAAUCCUCCUUGUCCUCCAAGUGCUGGCAGACGUCCGCCAGCUGUGAUGCUCCGGACUCUCUUCUACAACAACGAGCUGGCCUUGCUUCUCUUCGACACCCUGCUCUUCUCGGUCGUCGAUCUGGGGACGCAGGAUUUCGUGCUGGCAGCAAUCGUCACCUUCGUCGUGCAGAAGGCUAAUCCCAUGCGCUCGUACAGCGAGGGAUUUGCCUGCACAGUUAUCCAAUCAGUGCUGGCAAUCGAGAUAAUUGCAUCGAGUGCAUUUGUACACCUCCAGUUUCUGACCCGUCUCUAA